CCUUUCUUUCUUCUUCAUUUCACGUGUGUUUCAUACCAAUUGCUCUGUCCGUCUUUGGUUUCUCUCUGCCACCGCUAGUGCCCCUCUACCCGGUCUCUCCCUCCGCCGCCGCCGCCGCCUCCUUGUCAGCGGCGUCGACCCCCUGCUUCUGCGACCCAGGUUCAAAAUGCUUCCUAUAAAACCCUUAGACAAUGGGAUGCACUUGAAUAAAUUCUUGGAGUGGAAAGUAGAUGAAAGGGUUCAAAAUUGGGUUAAAAAAACAUGCUUUGGUUCAUUUCUAGGGAUGAAGGAAUUCAUAGACAAUGGUAAUUUUCAACAAAGGAUGAACUUUAUUACUGCUCUUGUUCAGUGUUAUGAUGAAAAACAACACUGUUUUGAGUUUGGCAGUGAAGAAAAUAAAUUUUUCUAGAUUUUGGUCUUCAAGACAUUUUGCAUAUAUCUGAACUUCCGAUCAAUGGGAAUCAGGUUUCGGGCUUUGAUGAUCAAGAUGCAUGCAAACCUAUUUUGCAUCACUUAACAAAUGAAGUUGCUAUAGCAGAGUCACUGCUCACAAAAACGAAGAAUCCCAAUGUCAAGGGUGGCAUGAUUGAUGUAAAUAAGCUGUUGGAGACUUUUCAGAAUGUUCCUAAAGAAUUUUUAGAGUCAGACUUAAAGAGCCUAGAGCCUUAUACUAAGGCUUUUUUAUUAUUCUUGCUGGGAACCCUCAUUUUUACCAACGGCUCUAGGUCUAUUUCUCCGCAGUAUCUACAGCUCCUGGAAAUCAAUAAAAUAGAUAGUUAUGCGUGGGGGGCAGCUGCCAUUGCGAAACUCAAGGAAUCGAUGAGCUACAUAAAGAAAUCUGUGCGUGAUAAUGAUAAAUAUUCAAGUAUUUAUGGUUUCUCUUUGGCUCUAUCGGUAUUUGCCUUAGAGCGUUUUCCAUUCAUCCGCGUUGAAUAUGCCCCAGUAUCGGACUAUCCCUUAUUUUUCGGGUGGAUGAAGAUAGUGUAUAAACCAUUCAAGCAAACUCAAACCGUUAAGGGGGUGAAAGCGUUUCUAGAUAGGUUUAGAGGAUUGAGGAAAGAAGAUGUCACUUGGCAACCAUAUAUAGAUAGACCAGCACAAUGUCAUACCUAUCAGCUAGACAUGAUUUAUGCAUAUGUGCCAUGCAUAAAUUUUGCUGACAUAGCUUUAAAUCGGGCUGAUUUGUGUUAUGAACAACUGGGAUUGAGGAUGGAGGACCUUCGUAUGCCUUUGCCUACCAUAGAAAAAAAGGAGAUAAUCUCUCAUAGCAAGCACAGAAAUGUCGAUUGGAGAGUGCACAAGGAAAAAUAUGGAUACCGGGAGUACAAUAAAAUAUGGACGGACCGGAACUCAUAUUUAGUGAUUCCACAGCAAGCCUCUCCUUCUCCCCAGCAAAGCUCUUCUCACCAUUCUCAAGGCAAUGAGGAUGAAGACGGGCAAAGCUCUCCUCGCCAUCCAACUCCAACUCCAACUCAAGUGCAACGGCGUUUAGGGCUAUUUGGUAGAGUGUAUAGACGCCGCAGAAGGAGUAACACGGGAAAAUUGAAAACCAAAGGAGAUGUGAAGAUUGACGUUGAGCACUCCCUAUAUUUGCUAAGAGAGCUUCUUCCACAUAUAAAAGAGUUGAGUGAGGAAGAAAUGACUGAGAAAAAGGAAGAGGCUAGCAGACAAGGGCUCUCGCUCUCAGAGAUAAGUAUAGCAGAGCUAGAUGACUUGGAUGGAGUGCGGUUGUACUGUGACAACUGCAAGACGUCAAUAUUUGCCCUCCACAAACACUGUCAGACAUGCAAUGGUGACUUUUGUCUCGCCUGUUCUCGUGACUUUCACGAUGCGCAGCUUCGAGGUGGAGGUGAUGCUGAUCCAAUUGAGUCACGUGUUACUGCCAAGCCUGGGGUUCACAAACGGCCAAGUUCUGAUCCAAUUGAGUCACGUGUUACUGCCAAGCAUAGGGUUCACAAACGGCCAAGAACUGAUAGGCAUGAGGAUAGUGAUGACAUGGUUUGGUGUGAUGGGUCUUUUGAACUGAGAAGCUUCUAUCCUCCGAGUCACAUUGCUGAUUUGGUAGAUGAAGCAGACAUACUUUUACGCAAACACAACCAUCACAAACCUAUGUGUGCAGACAAAACUCAUAAGAACUUGCAUUCAUGUUUGAAUGACACGGCAGCAUCUCGUGAAUUCUCAAGCGAUAACGAAAAAUGUUGCCCGGAGGCUGAAAAUGUAGUAAAAAAUGUACAUCACUGUUAGUUACAACACUGUUAUGACUGAGAUGGGUUUGUCCCCUGAUGGUGUUAGUUACAACACUGUUAUAUCUGGGUUUUGCCGAAUCGAGGAGCUGCGGAAGGCCUAUGAUUUGAUGAGGGAGAUGGACGCCAAGUGCAACUGGUGGCUGGAUAAAGACGUGCACAUAUCACUUAUGGAAGACCUGUCAUAUCUGGAUCCUUAUUCUAGUCUGAUUAAUGGUUAUUUGGCUGAAGGUAACUUUCAAGUGGCUUAUACAUUCUAUUGUGAAAUGUUAAGACUUGGUUAUUCGUCAGAUUUUGAUUCCUAUUGUUUGUUUAUGAAUGGACUUAGUAAGAAAGCUAGGACAAGAGAUGCUAAGGAGUAUCUUCUGUUUAUGAUUUAUGAUCAGUGUUUCAGGAUGCCAUCAUAUGUAACUUAUGAUAUUCUGAUAGAGAACUGCAGUAAUAAUGAAUUUAAGAGUCUUGUAGAGCUUGUCAAAGACUUAAGAAGCAGGGGUUUAAUGAACGAAGCAGCCAAAGCUCAUGACACAAUGCUUGAGGGGAAUUAUAAGCCAGAUGGAGCAGUUUAUAAUUUAUUAAUAUUUGAACAUUGUAGAUGCCUUAAUGUUGAUAAGGCAUACGAUAUGUACAAGGAGAUGAUGCAUUAUGGUUUUGCUCCUCA